AAACAAAUUCGAAAUGCCCUAAUUUAAAUGUGGGAUAGAAUCGGCGCCGUCGCGAGGAUUUGGUCAAAUCAAUGGUUACUGACACUCUCCGAGAAGAUGGUGGAGAAGAAGACCACACGAAAAUGCUUAUAAUCGACGGUGCAUCGGAGCUUCAGAUGUGCCGGAUCCACUCGAUCGAAUCAACGGUUGUGAUUCGUCAGUUACCGUCUCAAGGCAUCUCCUUCAAGCUCUGGCUUCCUGCAACAACUCUCGUCACGCUUCUCGAUAACUACCGUCGUGACCCAAUCAACAGCCCUCUCACUCGCACACUCUCGAGUUUCACAUCGGACGGCUCAGAUUCUUCUACGCGGCUCAACAUCGUCGAGCUCGGAUCCGGAACAGGGAUCGUCGGAAUCGCUGCGGCCGCGACGUUAGGAGCCAAUGUUACAUUGACGGAUCUCCCAAACGUUAUCGAGAAUCUCAGAUUCAACGCCGACGCGAACGCUGAAGUCGUGGCUAGAUCCGGUGGGAAAAUCCACGUGGCGGCUCUCAGGUGGGGAGAAGAUGGUGACGUGGAGGUUUUGGGUCAAAGUGUUGACUUGAUUUUAGCGUCUGAUGUGGUCUACCAUGAACAUCUUUACGAGCCUCUCCUUAAAACGCUGCGUUUGAUGCUCUUAGGAGGAGAUGAUAAAAAAGAAGACUCAAAGAGAGUGUUUCUUAUGGCUCAUCUCAAGAGAUGGAAGAAAGAAUCUAUCUUCUUCAAGAAAGCUCGGAAGCUCUUCGAUGUUGGUGUUAUACACUGUGAUGAUCCUCAAGAAGGUUCUCGAAUCGGAGUUGUAGUUUACCGUUUUGCACCGAGAGAUCAUACCAUGAAGAAAUUUGUUUUGUCAAAUGUUGGUGAUGAAUGAAAACUGUUUCAUCCCAAUUCGGAGGCUUGAAAAGAUUACUUCUUUCUUUGUGUUGCUUAAAACAAUGGAAAUGGAAAACUUGCGAUACAGUUGUCCGUACUGAGAAGGAAGUAAAGAGAGAAGGAAAGAAG